AGGACCAAAACAAAUGAGAAGCUGUUUAAUUUAAGAUGACACAAGUUUUAAAAUUGUUCUGUAAAUCCGGAUGUGGAUGGAGCGGUUUGAUGACGUGUUUCCGCGGUUGCCAUGGCGGCGCGUUUUCAAGCACGGAAGAAGCGCGAGACAAACAAACGUGAGAUGUCCGUGAGCAGACAGGAUGAUGAUGAUGUGGAGCCACUUCUUCCAUCAGCUCUUCAUCAGUCUUCUCUUGUGAUGCGCUCGUGGCCGUCUUCUCCUCCAGCAGCGUCUCACAAAGUCUCCUGUGGUCUCUACCGAUCAAUGCAGCGCACCCGACAGCGGGAGGUCAUGGGUCACACUGCAGCCAGGCUGCUGUCAUUCAUGUCCUCUCCUGAUCUCAGAGCCACGCCCCCUCUCUAUUCUCAUGGGCUUAAAGAGGCACGGGAGGCGGGACACCUCGAGGACUCCUCCCGUGAUGUGAUUGGCUCUGGAGUGCAGGAGGCAGGUUCAGAGGUGGAUUCAGAAGGUGAUGGACUGUUACACGAGAUGGACCUUCAUCUGCAGAAGAGCCUGAACGGAUCAGCACAGAGAACGAGUGGCAGUAGGCAUAUAGAGGAGAUGGAGAAUGUGAGGACUCAUUUACAGUCCAUACUGAGAUCAACAUCAACAACUCCACACAGACACGAGUUUGGGGCUCCUGUGUCAGGACACAUGCUGGACGAAUCACCUGACAGCGACUGCACCUCACACCUGCUCCGUGGUGAGAUGGAUGAGUUGUUUCCUCUGUAUUCUCGUCUUCAUGUGGACUCGAGCCGCAGUGUGUCUGAGCUUCAGGUGUUAAGAGACAGUCUGGAGAGAGAGAGAUCACGUCGUAAGGUGUGUGAGCAGCAGGUGGCGUCUGUACAGAAUAAAGUUCUUCAGGUUCAGCAACAGUUCACACUUGCUGUGGCAGCUGACCGCAAGAAAGACAUCAUGAUCGAGCAACUUGACAAGACGCUAGUGAAGGUUGUGGAGGGGUGGAGGAGACAUGAUCAGGACCGGAGCGAUGAGAUAAAACUUCUGCAGGAUGAGAAACAGAAAGCAGAGACAACACUACACAAACAGAAAGAGGCUCUCGCUCAUGUGGAAGAAACUCUGAACAAACAACAGAAACACAACCAAGAGCUGCAGGACACCAACUCAAGACUGGAGAAGCAGGUGUCGGAGCUGCAUGAGUGUGUAGAGAAUCUCCGGCACCUGGAACAGAAACUACGCAGUGAUGUGCAGAGAGAGAGAGAAAAACUCCACAAACUCCAAACUGAGACUCACAACACAAAGACACAUCUGGAAGAACAAACACAAGAACUCCAGCGACAGAUUUUACACACCACACAACACCUGGAGAGAGAGAGAUCUCAGUUGAGGCAGGAGGUGAUUCUGCGUGAGGAGGCUCAGAGGAGAUCACAGCAGCUGCAGGGAGAUCUGGAGGAUAUGAGACGAGAACGAGACAGUUUGAAAGUGGAACGAGCCCUGGAGCAGGCGCGGUUCGAGUCACUGAAGUCUCAGAUGGAGGCGGAGUUUCGUCUGUCAUUAGAGCAAAAGCUCAAUGAUCAGCUAUCAAUCAUACAGGAGGAGAACAGAAUGCUAAACACACAACUGAGAGAACAUCACAGGAAGCAGCUGUUGGAUCUGAGCGCGAGACACGAGCGAGAUCUGUCCACACAACUGGAUCAGUUCAGAACACAACUACAGGAGAGAGACCUCAAACUCCAGCAGCACACACAACACUACCAAAACAAACUUUCAGAAAUGCAGGAGGAGUUGGUUUCUAUGGCCGCAUCAAAAAAGAGGCUUGAGAUGCAGAGGGAGGAGCUUGUGUCUCGGCUUCAGGGAAUGAUGCGCUCUCAUUGGGCGGAGGCUUUAAAGCUUUUGACCAAUCCUGGGCAGAUAGAGAAUAUUUUUGUUCCUCCUCUGUGGGAAGCUUAUAAAAUCUCCUGUCAUCCUGAAGACACAUCGAGGAGUGACACACACCUGCCAGGUGCACAGGCUGUUGUUCUGAAUCUUUCCAGAGAGAGAGAGAACGAGCGAGAGACACAAUCUCAUUCUGAUGUGUUAAACUACAGUCAUUCAUUUACACCUCUGGAGCCUGUGCUGGACCACACUCAUCUGACAGCUGUCAGUGACUGCAGUGCAUUGUGGGACAGACCUGUGAUUUCAGAGGAAGGAGGUACCUGCACAGAGAGACAGAUGAAAGAGAGAAAACCCAGUCAAAGCAGAACAGAUCAAAGCCACGCCUUCACAGAGACAUUCACCAAUCAGAACUCUAGCUCAGAGAGUGGGUUGACCAGAGGUGGAGCUUCUGCAGUAUUGUUCAGUAGUGAGUCAAAGAAGACUCCGAUCACCAAAGAGGAAGCCCUGUCCUCUAUUCACGAAGACAGACGGAGUGAGCUGCAGUAUUAUGUGUCAAAGCUUCUGGAGUGUUCCCCUGGAGACCCAACGGAGGAGCCAAUCAGAGAGCAGCGCUCAGCUGACAUCACUGACCCUACUACGUACACACACCGCACACAAACUGCAGAGCUUCAGCAGGUCUGGUGAAGGUGGAGUAAACACAGAGAGAUCAAACCUGGAGCACAAAUCAGAUGACAAGACAGAGGUGUCUGUGUGCUCUCAGCGUGCCGGUUCUCAUGUGGUUCAGAACAGAAGACCAGUGGGUCGCAGAGGCGGAUCUCAGCGAGUGUGGAGAUGAUUUUUCUCUUCUCAUUAUUAAUUUAAUGAAUUUAAUGUAUUUUCGUAUGUUAUAAAAUGUUUGAAAUAAAACUCUUACUGGACUUUACA